UUUCCCCUCACAGUGUGGCAAAAUUUGGCUAUGCACUCUCAGCCCAGUUGUUUAUUUGUCACUAUUUAUGAUGAAAAAUGUCACUUUAAAACUUUCCUUCAAUUAAAAAUAUAUCUAUUGCACGCACAACCAAAUAAACUUCAUCAAUUCAAGGUUUCGACCGGAAAGAGAUGGAUGGAGAUAAGAAAACAGGGAGGGGGAGAGGAAAGCGUGGACGUCCAAGUCGGGCGGCCAGAGGAAGCCGCGCGGCAGGACGUGGAACAGGUCGCGGACGUGGACGGCCAAGGAAAAUGAUUAUCGAGAGUGAUGAGGAAGAAAUCGAAACUAGUGAGAUUGUAGAUAACCAAGUUGAACUUGAUGACGAUGAUCAUGAGGACGAAAUGGUUAUUGAUGAGCGUGAAAACUGCAUGCCAGAAACUGAGGAGACGGCAAUAACGGUGGUCAAAAAUGAAGAGCACAAGGAAAAAGUAGAGUUCACCUUGGACGACGAUAUUUCCCAGUUGGUUCCACCCACAUUUUCCACCGUGUCGAAAGGACCCCCACAACCAAUGCUAGAACUGAGCUGGGAACACAAGUAUACUCCGAUGGGAGAUAAACUUCCUACGCCAAAUAUUCACAUGUGUGUUGACUGUAAACUUCCAAUCAGAAUUUACGGGCGUUUGAUACCCUGCAAACAUGUUUACUGUCACGCGUGUGCUACCAAGCAGAGCUACUGUUCCUGUUGUUCUGACCGUGUAACCCGAAUUGAACAAGCACAUCUUGGUCAAGUUUUUAUGUGUCAUCAUGGUGGAGGUCGGUAUGGCUUUGAAGGAUGUCGAAGAACGUAUCUCUCUCAAAGGGAUCUUCAAGCUCAUGUUGAUCAUCGACACAAACCUAGAAAUUCGGGAGGAAAUCAAGACCAUGGAAGUAGUGGUACUCGGAUUUCUCCAGUUUCAGCAUCUCACUCUUCGUUUGACCACAGUAACAGUUCGUAUGGAGGGCGACAAAGCAUUCCUGUUCACUACUCUACGUCGAGUGGGGGUCGGGGCGGUGGUAAUACGGCCUCGUAUUCUUCAAACAGCUCUUCUGGUGGUCGCCCACAGGGGAAUAAUGCAGCGGGUGGUGGGAGUGGGGACCAGGGAAGCACACCUGGUUCACGAUAUGAAAGAAAGUCUUCUUUUACACGCAAUUCGUCGUCAUCUUCUUGGUCUUCCUAUAAUAAUCGACCCUUUUAGAGGUUAAUAAGUUACGCAGUUCUUACUGUAAAAAAUAAUAAUCGUACAUGUAUUUAAUUAAGACUUAAUUAUGAUGCAAGUUGUAAAUAGACAACUAUAAAUUAAGAUAACACAACACAACAAUUAAUUGUUACUAGUUAGUUAUUAUAGAUUGAAAAUAAUACUUUUAUUUAAUGUUUCA